CAAAAGCAGAGUGACCUUCCUCUGGUAUCAGUACAGUAGCUACAGUAGAGGGGCGGUAGUAGCUACUGAAGUAAUACACCGAACCGGUGACAGCACACCAGUUCCCUGCACACUAGUCUAGAAAUGAACAGCAACUUAGCCGGAGAUGAAGUUGGGAAACUGUUUGUGGGUGGCUUGGACUGGAGUACAACACAGGAAACUUUGAGAAACUAUUUCUCGCAGUAUGGGGAAGUAGUUGAUUGUGUCAUCAUGAAGGACAAAACCACAAAUCAGUCCCGGGGCUUUGGUUUUGUCAAAUUCAAAGACCCCAACUGUGUCCGGACUGUACUGGAGACCAAACCCCAUAAUCUCGAUGGCAGAAAUAUUGACCCGAAGCCAUGUACUCCCAGAGGAAUGCAACCUGAAAAAGUACGAACUAAGGACGGCUGGAAGGGCAGCAAAGCUGACAGCAAUAAAUCAAAGAAGAUCUUUGUCGGCGGAAUCCCCCAUAACUGUGGUGAACCAGAACUCCGGGAAUAUUUCAAUAGAUUUGGAGUGGUCACAGAGGUGGUAAUGAUCUAUGACGCGGAGAAACAGAGGCCCCGAGGUUUUGGAUUUAUUACUUUCGAGGCCGAACAAUCAGUGGACCAGGCUGUCAACAUGCAUUUUCACGACAUCAUGGGCAAAAAAGUGGAAGUGAAAAAGGCUGAACCUCGGGACAGCAACGCUCCUGGCCAGCUUGGACCUAACCAAUGGGGACCCAGAGGCAUCCUGAGUGCAGCCAAUGGUUGGUCGGCACAGCCUGCCCAGGGCUGGCAGCAGAGUUAUGGGCCUCCGGGAGUUUGGGUGUCUACAGGCCAGCCCUUGGGUGGGUACGGGCCCCCUUUAUCUGCGGGUCGUGGAGCUCCCGCACAGCCCCCCUCGCCAUUCAACGCAUUCCUCGUCACAGCGGCCCCGGCGGGGGGGUUUGGGGCACCUCAGGCCUACGCUCAACAGGGAUACAGUACACCACCUCAGUUUGGGUACAGUUUUGGCACGCCUCAUGGUGACCAGUAUGCACCACAAGGAGUGCCGCCCCCGCCCACGACUCCAGGAACAGGGCCGCUAGGGUUUGCUCCAGCCACCACACCUACUCAGGACAUGAGCAAAGCACCCACGGGACAGCCGGACUUCCCUUACAGCCAGUAUGGCCUGGGUAACUACCCUCAGGAGCCCUCUUCCUACGGACCAACGCGUCCUUCUCACAGUAAUGGUCAGGAUGUGCAGGGAGGAAGUAGUGCAGUUCCCUGCUUCUCUGACUACAGUGGAUUGCAGGGAGAUGGUGCCAUCCAGUGUCUGGAAAAAGAACGUUAUGGUCAGGACCUGAGUGGGUUUGGCCAUACUUUCGCAGACCCCAGCCAGCAGACUGCCUCUUACGGGGCACCAACAGCACAACCGGCAGUGGGACCCCAGGCUGCCGCAGCCGUUUUUGCUCGUGUACAGAAUCACAACGUAACGGGCUUCCAUCCAUACCGGCGCUGAGCGUCUCCAACCGCCACAGCUCUCAGUUCUAAAGUCAGGGAAAUGUGUUCUGGUGAUAAGCAAAACUGGAUUUCUGGAUUGAUGUUUUUUGGGACACAAAUACACACAAUUUGAGAAAAAGUGAACUCAUAAAACCAGGGAUUCCAAUUACUUCUGUUACAAUGUCACUUGAUGUAAAAGUUGAUGUAAGACUUUUGCAUAACCUGUUGAAAUGAAAUAACCUUUGUUUCUCCCCCCAUGUUUUAUAGUAGGACUUAACUACUUUGCAAUAGGUUUUGAUUUUCUGGUCAAACAAUAGCACAGAGAUUGGAAAAAUUAUAUAUAUAUAUAUGGAUAUGUAUAUUUAUGCUGGAUACAGAAAUGAAAACAGGGUCUCAAGUUUCCUCAGCUUUAAAUUCUAGGGAAAAUGUUUUUAUUUUUCAUUUGGUGGAUUUUGUUUACUUUCUGAGCCUUUAUUUUAAAGUUUGUUUAAAAUGGAAAAAAUGAAUAUAUAUAUAUUAUACACAAUCUGUGCAAUUUUUUAAAGACAAUUUUGUACUAAAAAUGUACACUUUGCUUGUUUUUUAUUUAAAGAUGUAGACUUCCCUCAGGUGGCUGUUUGAGUGCAUUUUUCACUUAUGCAAAAAGAAAGGAACUUAUUUCAAAUAAAAGAUAUCCUGCCGCUG